GUGGCGUGGCUUGGCUUGGCUUUCCGUAUUUACAUUCACAGUGCAGAAAACUUUGUGUGUUUGGUAGAUCUUUAUGGUGAAAUUGGAUACGAUUUUGUACUUUUUAUUGUGAUGGGAUAGGAGGUAAGGAAAGGAUGGAUAGAUAUUUGGGGUGGGUUAUCGUUUAGUUUUAUUAUUUGGGGGCUUAUCUUCUUAAGGAAGAGACGAGAUCAUCCUCGUGGUAGGUUUGUAGGUAGUAGUAGUAGCGUCUCGUCUGUCUUUUGUGGUUUUGCGAUAGUGCAGCAGCAGCAGAGUGCAAAUUCAUUCGGCGUACGUUUUGCGAAGAGAUGUGAAACGGAAAUUGAGUGAAGAGGAAAAGUGGAAUUGUCAAAUAAAUUGUGUGAAUUUUGAUAAGUUGUGAGAAUAAUUUGAAGUUUUUUGUUUUUAUGAAACGGUGGAUCUGUUAAAUUAUAGAAAUAAUUGAGAAUUGUUUGCAAAAUCGGUUUUUGGAGUGGAAACUGUGCAGUUUUUUUAGCGAUAUUUCGAUGUAAGAUUUGGUGAAUUUUGCCGACGUUAUCAACUUUUGUGGAUUUUUAGUUUAGUUAAAUUAGAUUUAGAUGUUAACGGUACAUUAAAGUUUUGCAUUUUACCCGAAAAAUUAGCAAAAAUUGAAAUUUUGCUUUUGAAAGUUAUUAUUGGACACGAUUAAUGCAGAAUUAUCCGACAAGCUAAAGAUGACCACGAAGCCCCAACUGCACCCCCUCCUCCGGAUAAAGAGUAGCAGAACGAGAAGAAAAUGUGACGACGACGACAAUAAAUUAUGCGACGAGGCGAAAUUACUAGAAAUUCGACAAGAACCACAUCCUUUAACCCGUGACAUAAAAACAGUGAUGGUGACACAUAAUAACUCCAAUUGUGACCAAAUAAUAUCGACUUUGAACAAUAAUAAUACCCAAAAUGUGACGUAUAUUAGUAGUAAACUUAAAGUGAAAAUGUUGCCGUGUCGUGCCAACAAAUUUUCCAAAUUUUCCAAAUUUCUCGCCCUGGCAGUGCUCCUCUUAAUUGGACAAAGUCUCCUCCUCUCCGGCGUCAAUGCCGGCGGAAGCCCCAAGAAAAACAAUAAAACCUUAUCAUUAACCAGCCCCGUGCCGACCUCCGUGUCCAAAGCGUACACCAACAUCCCCCUCCUUCCCCCCACCUACGUGGAAAAAGUGAACAUUUCCCGAUCCGCCAUUUCCCGACCCUUUUUCACCCGGGUCACACCGGGCGACGCGAAACCCAAGACGACACGACGCGUAGAAAAUAACAACAACCAGUUAAAAAAACCGUCCAAACUCUUCACCAACAAUGAGCGUGAUCCCCUCAUGUCCGCCGACUUUGACCAGGCCGUGUUUGACUCCACCACGGAAAAAUUGCCACCCACGUCGACGAGAAAAUCGUCGUCAUCAUUCUCCCCAUUUCUCACGCAGACGGAUACCGGUCCAAAAAUUAGGCUGGAGCCAUUUUUCAACAUUUUAUCCACUUUUCAAUCCCUCGCCCUGGGAAGUUCGAAAGAGCAAAAGUUUUCCCCCUCGUAUCAAGCCGUGGCGGAGGGCGUGGGCGUCGCGGAGGAGAGAUUGAAGGCGAAAAGGAGUAAAAAAGAGAGGAACAAGGGGACAAAAGGGUUGCGCAAUAAGAAUCCUGGGUCACCCUCAGACCUCGGCAAGUGGAAGGGUAAUAAAGGGAUCACAAAGUUCGGCAGUGAGGAUGCCAAUGGGGGGGGACCGGUGCAGAUAACGUUACCCAAACCGGUCGUAUUUCCGGAAACGAGGCCACAUUUUGAGGAAGGGGACGACGACAUUAUCACGGCAGAGUCUCUCCAGAAGGAUGUUAACCCCAUGGAUGUCUUGACCGUGUCGAUGUCCACGUCCAUGUCGAUGGGUGGGGAUCAUCAUCAUGACGACGGGAUAAUUGUGGCGUCAUCAACACCGAAAAGUAAGGGAGUCGUGGAGGAUGUCGAAUUGUCCCCAAUUUCUUCCCCGUUACGCCUCCCCCAACAAAUGGACAGCAUUACGGAACCCUCGCUCGGAUUUCCACUUAAUUUGGAGCAAAAAUCCCCCCCAAAAAAUAAGCGACAGAAAUCUAAAAACAGGAAUAAAAAUCAAAAUAACAAUGGGCGAAUUCACAUCUCUCUCACCGACAAUCCAAAUAACGGUAACUUGACCACCCCAGAAUCUCGGGAGAGACGACUUCGUUCCGAAAAUCCUCACUUUUUCGAAAACUUUCACCACACAGAUUCCGAAUCUGACCUUCUCGCGCAGGAGUCCACCCCACAAAACCAGGUGGGGUCCAACCUAAAUGCAAAUAUUCCUCCCGGCUACGCCCUCCCGGCCCAAUCUCGCGACGAGGAAGUUGAUCAAAUGGCGAACAAAUAUCCGACAAGUUUCGCCCAGUUGUCGCAAAAUAACCACCCAAAUCCCAAUAACAACCUUCCCCCACCGGGACUUGGUCUUCCUCCAAAGUCAUUCUUCUCCCUGGCCGGUGGUGGAAAUCUUAACGGAAUCCCAUACCCAAAACGGCCUCCUUUCCAUCAUCAUGCUAAUAAUAAUAACAAUUACGCAGCCCUAAUGACACCGUCGCAUGACCCAAAUAAUCAUCAUCCUUAUUACUCGCAACAGAAACCGAAUAUUUAUGGAAAUCUAGCCACUAAUCAUCCUUUCAAUAAGCCACCCGAAGCCAGCACGGAUCUUGGCGAGCAGCAGAACGCGGCCGACAGCAAGCUUGUCCUCACAACCGGAGGGACGACGAAUCCGCACCAAAAAAUCGGCGUUAUGGACGGUUUCGACGUCUUCUUCAAGCAGUACAAGGUUCUCGUGUGGGGCGGAUUUUUCGUCGUGUCGGCCCUCGCGUUUCUGUGCCUGGUCGUUUUUCUCUAUACGAACAAUCCGCCGACCGAAGUGGUCACGGCGAAGGGCUUGUUGACGGACUGGUUGACGAAUCCGAGCCCGGAAAUGGUCAAUUUUUUGUCCUCCGUGGUCAAUGAGAAUGAAAAAGCGGGUGGGAACGGGAAGAAGAAGAGGAAGAGGUUUAAAAUGCAGAAGAGGAAGAGGGCUUAUCGGCCGGAGGGGGAGGGAGAUUUGAGUAAAAAAGACUUAUUGCAAUAGUAGUAGGAAUAUUUGUUUUAGGAAAUUUAGGAAAUUUUAGGAUGCAAAUUGUUGUUUUUUGUAUAUUUUUUUGUAUUUUGUAAUAUGUAUCUUCGACUCAAACGAGCUUUUUUUAAAAUGGAAGGAUAAGGAAAUUAUUUUAUAGGACAGUUUUUAAGGUACGCUUAUUUAUGGAAAGUUGUUUAAUUUAUGGUAAUAAUUUUAAAUUAUUAAUUUAGUUAAUGAUUUCUUCCUUCGUGAUCUACUUUCUUCAAUGCCGGAUUUGCUUUUAUUCAGUUUUUGGAUGUUAAAAUGUCCUUUUAGAUUUCGAUUUCUUGAUCGUAUUCUUGGAAGUUUUUUAUUUUUCGUUUAUAGCCAUAAUUGUUGAACAUUAUUUAAUUGUUGGUAU